UGUAUUUCCUCCCGUUCUUUAUCAGAGCCCCCAAAAUAAGUAGGAAUGGGUAGUGGCUGUCCACAAGCAGUAUACCUUUUCCAUUUGCUAGUAAGGGCCUUCCAGGCUGAGAGGGAGUUGUCUCUGCCUGACUCUGGAGAGAGAAGUCCCUCAGACCAUCCAGAGGCACCAUGGAACUGCUUCAAGUGACAAUUCUUCUUCUUCUUCUGUCUCAUCUCAGCAGCAGUGAAAACCACACAGGAACAACCGGCAAUGAAGUAUUACAAACAGUCCUGACGUCAACAGUUCCUUCAUCAACAACAGUAAAAGGUGAUGAAUUAAAUGUUACAACCAAUGGUGUCAAAAAGAAUGAGUCCACCAUUAUGAAUACAACAGUGACAAAUCUUCCACUUUUAAAUACUGUUCCCACAUCACAAAGUCCCCAAAAUAAGACUGAGAAUCAGAGUUCAAUUGGAACAACAGAAAAAACAGUUAGCACUCUACAACCAAAUGCAUCAACCUCCGAAGCCAGUGUGUCCUCUUCCAUACCAACAACGAUUCCAGAAAACACUUUGCAGUCUCAAGGUACUGAGAAUGGCAAAAAUGCAAGUGCUUCAGCAACCAGUCCCUCGUAUUCUAGUAUUAUUUUGCCUGUGGUUAUUGCUUUGAUUGUAAUAACACUUUCAGUGUUUGGUCUGGUGGGUUUGUAUCGAAUGUGCUGGAAGACAGACCCAGGCACACAGGAAAACGGAAAUGAUCAACCCCAGUCCGAUAAGGAGAGUGUGAAGCUUCUCACUGUAAAGACAAUUUCUCAUGAGUCCGGCUUGAUCUUCAGCUUCGAUGCUGCAGGGGUGGAAGGCAGACAAGCCUGCGGAAUCGGUCCUGACUUCUCACCGUGCUCACCAGUCUGUACCAGUCAUCUCUCCCAGUAACGUGCUGUGGGGUUGGAGAGAGUCAAGAAGAAUCCUUGCAUCCCCUGUCCUCUGUAAGAGCACAUUACUCCGUUUUAUAGGAGCAUUCCUAGGAGAGUGGACUUUGAAAGGGGUGCGAGUGAGCAGUGAAUCCGACAGCCCAGGCAGAGCGGCUCACUAGUAGCACACCCCCCUUCUCUGGUUUAAAGUUUUCAGGGCUGACAGUUUUGAUCCAUGGAGACUUUCCUAACCCUCUCAGUGUUCUUAUAUUACCUAACGUUUGUAUUUAUUGUUUUCCACUGUGUUGAUGCAGAGAACAUGGGCGAGUGUAUUAUUAAAUAUUAGGUAGAAAUCAUUCCAUGCCACUUUGUACAUACAAAUAUUUCAUUCAUAUUUUCACAAAUUGCUUUUGUUCAACACUGUAUUCAACACAUUAAAAAUAUCAUAAUGUGGGGCCAGUCGGUGGCAUAGUGGCUAAGGCCCUGGGCCCCCAAAUGACUG